AUGAAAUGCAUUGGUAGAGUAGGUUACCUUUUAAACUUAAAAAAAGAAUAUGGAGAACGUGCUGAUAUGCUACUAAAAAGGUUAGAGGAAGAUAAAAUGAUACAAGGAGGAUUUAUAACCGAUUUUAUACAAACAGAUUAUAUUAACAUUACGAAAAUAUUAUUAUAUAUGAUGAAAAAUAAUAAAGUGAUAACAUGUUUUGACGGUUUAUAUGUAGAUAAAGAAUAUCAAAAAUAUUUUGUUUUAUAUGAAAAUGAUAUAUUUAAUAUAUAUGAAAUGAAUAAGACAAAUAAUAUAAAGGAUGAAACUAGUAAUAAAAUGAAUAGUAAUGUUGGAUAUAAUUAUAUAACAAAUGAUGAUAAAAUUAAAAAUAAUAUACAUAAUGAUAUGACAAAAAAUGAUACGACAAAUGUUGUGGAUGAUCAUUUAAAUGUUAUAAAUGAUAUUAAUUAUAAUAAUAACGAAAAAAAUAGUUCUUAUAAUAAUAUUAUUAAUAAUAUACAUGAUAAAAAUGUAUAUUAUAAAAAAAUAAAUAUCCAAGAAUCUGAGUUAUUAAAUAUAAACGAUAUAAUAAAAUAUGAUGGAUCUAUUGAAAAUGUAGAAAAAAUCAUUUAUUAUUUAAAUCCAUGUUCAAUAUUGUGUGCCUAUUUUCUUGAUAUUAAACAAAAUGAACAUGUUUUAGAUAUGUGUGCUUCUCCAGGGGGGAAGUCUUUAUAUAUAGUCAAUAAAUUAUUUGGUUAUAAUAUAUCUCCUCUGAACAGAAUAAAAAAUGUAGAAAUAAUAUAUCCUGAUGCGGUAAAUAAUGAUAAAGAUAAUAUCAAUAAUGAGGAUAAUAAUAUCAAUAAUAAACAUAAUAACAAUAAUGAUGAUAAUAAUAUCAAUAAUAAUCAUCAUAAUAAUCAUCAUAAUAAUCAUCAUAAUAAUCAUCACAAUAAUCAUCAUAAUAAUCAUCAUAAUAAUCAUCAUAAUAAUCGUAAUAUUUAUAAUUAUGACCAUAUUUAUAAUAAUGCGAAAAAUUUCGGUGUACAAAUUGAUUGUUGUAUGGAUGUAGUAAAUUAUAACAAAAUAAAUAGAAAUGGUUUUCUUGUAAUUAAUGAAUACAAUAAAGUAAGAUAUGAACGCUUAAAAAAAGUACUAGAUAAAUAUAUUCCUAGCGAUUUAAUAAAUAGAUCUAGUAAUAUACAUGUAACAAAUUAUAAUGGUUUAAAUAUUAAUUCAUUUUUGAGAUUUCCAAAAUUUCACAAAAUUUUAUUAGAUGUACCAUGUUCUACUGAUGAACAUUUAAUUAAACAAGGAACAAAGGAAUUAAAUAAAUGGUCUAUUCAUGUUAUUAAAAAUAAUUCAGAUAUACAAUUACAAUUACUUAUUAAUGCUUUUACUCUACUACAUACAGGUGGUGUUAUUAUCUAUUCCACAUGUGCUUUGUCAUAUCUUGAAAAUGAUUAUGUUAUUGAAAAAUUUCUUAAAAAAUAUAAAAACAAUAUUCAAAUUAUAGAUUUUAUACACGAAGAGUAUCAAACGAAAAUAUCACAAUAUCUCUCAAAUUAUGUAAAUAACAAAAGGAAUCAUAAUCAUAAUAUAGAUAAUCUUCAUAAGAAUCAAUCAUACCAAUAUAUAAAUCAUCUUAAGGAAAAUACAUUGUUUUUGAAGUUUUUUGAAAAAACAAGGUAUGGAUAUAUUUCCUUACCCGAUCGAUCACCCUUUGGUAUAUUGUAUAUAUGUAAAAUUAAAAAAAUUUAA